AUGAGCGAUUUGUUCGUUAUAAGCCGUGCAGAUAUAUUUGCAAUAUAUCCAAAAAUCCUAGCGAAUAUACUGCACAGAGAAGAAUUAAAACGUGCCAAAGAUGGGGUUUUAACGCAAGAUUUUAUACCAUUGCCAACAGACAACGAUUACCAAGAACGUGUUUAUUAUCGUUUGCUGGCCGUACAAAAGGGUAUUAAUGAUUUAAUUGACAGCGGAAUACCGUUAGAGGAAGUGGUAGCGAAAAAAAUCAAACAACAAUGGGAUCCAGAUCUAAUGAUUAUUUCGCCAUUAUCAACUCCAGCUUCGGGUUUGUCGUUGAAUCGAAAAAAGUGUGUGGUCGAUGAUCCAAUGGAUUUUGUUAGUAUGGACAUGCUUUCAGCUUGGAAUCUCAACGAUUUGACAAAUGCUGGUAAACUGUUGCGGAAGCCACCACUUCCAUGUCAUUUCAGAGAUGAGCACGAAAUGCGCAGAGUUUAUUCAAUGAUCUAUGAUGUUUAUCGGUAUAAGCAUAUCCUGAAUCAAGCCUUGCAUGAUGUAAAAUUUUUUCAACAUUAUCCACAGCUUCGAGAUGAUCAGAAUCGUGUUUGGUUGCUAUUAUUCGAUUUACACUUGCGUCACUUCCUGCGACGUGAUCCAAAGGAGCGAGUGAGAGAAAAAGAACUUUAUCAUAAGUCGGAUUUACAAGUCAUCCAUGAUAAUAUUUGGAAUAAUCGCAUACAUUUGGCGGCAUCGAUAUCACGACUUCGCAUCAAAAACAGUGCAUUGAAUUUGAUGGAAUUGUUGCCACCACAUUUACAAGACAAUGAUAAAGUUGCGAUUGCAACGGCAAAUCCUAUUGUUACCGGUUGGAUUAAUCCUUUCAAAUUACCAACAAAGGCUGAGGCAAUCGAAUCUUUUCGAAAAAUUGGUUUUCUUGAAUCUGAAGAGGCAGAGAAUGGCGAAGUACCGCUUAAGCAACUUUACUUUAAAUUUGACAAAUUAUGUCCACUAUUUCUGUCAUGCAUUCCAUUGGAUCGAAGCGAAUUCGCCAAAAGUGUACUAAUGAAGGAAAAUCUAUUUAUUAUGCAGGAUCGUGCAUUCACGUUAGGUCCAGCAAUUUUUUCCCGUCUUCUUGAGUAUUUUGAAGUCGAAGGUGACGUGAUACAAACACAUCUAUCAUCACAACGAUCAAUUGCGUACUUGGGUGGAUUAUUUCAAGGAAACUAUCGGGUUAAUGAUAUCAUCAUCUUUGGUGCCGGCCAACGUUUACACGAGUAUAAUGAUUAUAUGCAUAAAUUGGAAAUUAGUAAUAUUCGCAUGCGAUCGGAAAACUUUUGUCAAAUGCCAAUUCAAUCAACGAUUUUGGAGAAAGUGGUUGGCGUCUUUAUUACCACCCCAAAUUCGUACAGUGCAAUAAAUGAUCCAAUUGAUUUGAUAUGUAGCCGAGGUGGUGACUUAUCAAUGUUAGAAGUGUUGACCGAAUCUGAAAUGAGCGAAAGUGGAAAAGAGCGCGUGGCAAAAAUAUUAGAAGAGCAACGUGAAUCAUUACGGUUGGCAAUGUCACGGCCACAAGUGCAGUUUAUUUUAUAUGGAACACAUUCAAUGGUUGAAACGGAAAAUAAAGUUAUGGUAAAUUUGGCAAUUGAAUCGGUGAAUCGAGCGGCGCAUGCACGUCAUGUAAAAAUGUAUAAAGAGAAAAAAAGACUUGAAGCACUUGCCGAACAGGAUGGAUUGAAUGCUGAACAAUUGGAGAAAUUACAAGGUAUUCCAUCGAGCAAAAAGAAGUCCAAAUCAAAAGAAGAUGAAACAAAAAAUGCACCCGAAUCGGAAUCGUCUUCGGAUGAAAGCGAAAGUGGCAGCGAAAUUCUGGAAAACUCAAACUGUGAUGAUGAAUAUAGUCAUAUUAAGGUUCCGAAAACCGAUAUUUUCGAAUCAAUUGACAUUCCCGAUAUGUGUAUGUAUCAAAAUAAAUGCAUCGACGCAAAAUCGUCGGGGUGUUUUUUGUCACUAAUCAAAAGAAAGAAAAUAACACGUUUAGAUGAAAAGCACUUAAUUUUAAUGGCUGAAAAACGUGGACUUUUUGGCGAUACAAAUCCAAAAAAAGAGCGUGCACGAAUUCAAAGCCGAAGCACCAAAAAGGAAGAACAUGUCAGCAUUCAACCGGUAAAAAUUAAACGAAAACGAAGCGAAGAAAUUGAAUUGCUUGUCGACCGUCUGUCACAGCACACUCACUCGUCUCUCAUCCGUUCCGACAAUGUGCAGAAACAAUCACAUGAUCAUAAACUAAUACUAUUUUUUCCACGUCUUUGUGAGUAUAGUUAUCAACACCACAAACGACAGGAGGAAUGGAUAAAUAGAGAGGUAGCUAGGCAAUUGUCGAAAGAGUAAAAUUUUACAUGUUACCUGAAUUACAUUUAA